UCGACGUGUCGCGGCGCGGCACCAUGUAGUGGCGUCCUAAGUGGCGAUCGUUGAGUGAAGUGAGUGUUUGUGUUUGGAACUUCAAAACCACCAAGGCAGCUUCUCAGUGACAUUUAGGCCGCUACAGAGGGACUGGCGCGGUGACCUGAGGGCGGGGGCAUCGGGGGCGGCGCCAUGUUGUGCGUCAAAGACUUUACGUCAUUUGCAGUUGUUAUAUUCAUGUUGUAUUGUUACAGGCCGCUACAGAGGGACUGGCGCGGUGACCUGAGGGCGGGGGCAUCGGGGGCGGCGCCAUGUUGUGCGUCGAAGAAUGUACGUCAUUUUCCCUGCCGAAGAUUUAGUGGAAUUGACGUUGUCCCGACCACCGGUAGACCAGAGUCAUCAGAACAGCCGCCGAGGAUCGCCGUCUUGUCCGACUCCAGGUGGCCCGCCUUCUCCAAGUAGAUCCCCCAAAAUCCCCCCUAAGCCCAAGAAGGAUAAGAACAGUUCGCAGUCGCAGAAGAAGUUCCUUCAGAAGCAGGAGCAGUACGACAGAAACGUAAAGAUGGCGGCUGCUGGUGAGGGAACACUGAGAGACCUGUCACAUCCUUCCCUCAACGACCAGCUGAAGAACCACAACGCCGUCACGUUCAAACUCGUCCGAACAGUGUCUGACUUCACACAAGAGCUGUCGCAGAUGUAUGAACAACACGCGGAGGAACUGCAGCUAUUGGUCGCUAACUUUAGGAAGAAAAACGCAGAACUUAGGAAAGAACGUCCGGCUUGUCCCAGUUCAUUAUUUCACACCUGGGAGACCCUGCUACAAGAGGUGGAGGUAGACUCCCAGGCUCACAGCGACAUCGCCUCAGUGUUCGGCCGUCAGGUGUCUCGACCCCUCCUAGAGCGAUCCUUCCACCGCAAGGUCCAGGCGAGGAAGGUCUUCGCCCACCGGGAGUCAUUUGAGCUUGUAGUCAACAAAGCUGAAGAGAAACUAGCCAAGGCUCGUCAGGACUACAAGGCUUCGUACCUUGGCCACAUGGCGUCACCCUCCAACACCGCUACCUUGGCCGCCUAUCUGGACGCGCACAAUAACUACGUCACACAGCUUCACGCCACCAACGGCAUGGUCGACACCUACAGCCAAGAGACGCUACCAUUGCUGCUGCAGGAGCUAGAAGAGGUGUACUCGGAUCUGUGCACGACGCUAUCCGACUCACUACAACAAGGAGCUGAAGUUAUAUCCAGCAGGGCGACGGAGCAGUCAAGACGCUACGAAGUUCUGUCCAAUCAGUGCAGAGCAGUUUCCCCCACUACGGAUCUAGCACAUUUCGUGAGGUCCCUAGCUCCCCUACCUCCCCAGGCCCAUCCCUCCCACCGUCUAAGAGUCUUCACUCCCCCUCAACCUCCCCAGCAAGACACUCAGGCCGACCCGUCGAUGGCCGACGGACCACCAAUCAAUGACCUAAACGCACCAGCGCCUCUGAAGAACGAGGUGGUGGUAGAUAGGUUAGCCUCCAUCCAGGUGAGGUCGAGGUACGAGGCUCUGAGAGUGGAGGCAGUGGAGCUGGAGACACAGAUCAAGCAGCUGCAAGACGCCUUGGACACCAUGGUCAGGAUACAGCAGAGGAGUUUGGAGUCACAGCUGUACAACAAGGUGAACGAGCUACAAGAAGACAUCAGCAUAAAGAGGUUCGACCUGCGAACAGCACAGAUACACCUCGCGGCGGUCAGAGCACAGAAAGAACUGUUUGCGUCCAAACUCGACUCGGCGGAAGGCGCGAGUGGUAGGGACCGGAAAAUGUCUUCGUCCUCGACCGGAAGUAUGAAGUCGAAAUGGUUGAAAGCUUUUAAAAGCUUAAAAACCACGAGUGGUCCGUCCAAUGGAACCUCGCCUAAGGAGGGAGAAAAAAAGAACCAAAUGUACCAUGCGGUUUCCACCAUCAUAGCGAUGAGGAAAAACGGAAGAGAUAGUGGACUAAACCUAGGAUUAGAGUCUGCAGCACACCAGUUCCAGGAGUACACUUACAAGAAAAUAACCCCUUGUGACGUGUGCUCUCAAGUUUUAAGAGGACACACAAGACAAGGCUUGAAGUGUAGAGUGUGCAAACUGAAUGUCCAUCUAGACUGUCAGGAAAAGGUUGGGCGUUGUCAAGCCAAAUCCAGGCUGUUACGACGGCAGAAGUCCACAUCAGAAAUUGAAACCAGGGUCACACCUGCGCAGGAGGAAGAAGCUGUUACGCUGGUGGCCAAUAGACCAGGAAGGUCCUCGGUCAGUCCAGCGGGGGUAACCCAGGGGGGCUCCCCCUCCACUCGUAGCGUCACGUGGAAAAACCCCCCUUCCAGGAGUUUAGCUUCUUCAGAACAAGCAUCUCCCGGCGAGGUGGACGCAGUGUACCAGGUGCUCAAACAAGCUACGGAGAUAUCUUCGACUCGUAACCCCCCCGCCCGGCGGGUCCAACAGGGGCCCCCGCUCAUGCUACGGGGCGCCUCCACCCUCACUGUGGGGCCCACCCCCCACGCUUCCAGCUCAGUGAGACACUAUUUAAGAUAUUCAGGUUCGACGAUAUCUGGGACAUACAGCAGUGCCACGACACCAACGGAGCCCCAAAUGAACUCUCCUAUCAUACAGACUGCCCCUCACAGUCCACGGAGGCAGAAGUUGAAUCUCCGCAUGAAAAGUCUGUCUCUUGACUCCCCCGAGAGUAGUGAGGUGGUACAGAGGCGCCGCGGGGGCCCCCCACCAUCAGCAUCGGCCAAUGGGGGCCCGACCUCCAGCCACUCGUCAUCAUCUCGCUUACAAUCUCCGUCCAGUCCAGUCCACAAUCGGAGACUGCUGUCAGCUCGUAAUAUGAGGAUGAGCAGUGUAGAGCUACCAGACGACAAUGAGAAAUCAUUAUCAUCAGCAAGUACAUCGCCUUGCCCGUCACCGAAGCCACAUCGUCUGUUGCCGACCAACUUGUACGUCGUGUUAUACAACUUCAAGUCUCGGCAUGCAGAUGAACUUGAUCUCAAAGCCGGUUACAAAGUAACAGUUAUAGACACGUCAGACCAGGAUUGGUGGAAAGGCAAGUGUCUGGGCAGGAUUGGUUACUUUCCCUCCAAAUAUGUGACCAAGCUGGGUGUAGGUGAGAAGCCACUUCAGGUCACGCACAACCUGCAAGUCUCCGAUGGUGACAACGGACUGACGUUACUCAGGGAUCAGAUUGUGAUUCAAAUCGGGGAGGAGCUGGACGGAAUGGUGGUGAUCAGGAACGGAGACAACCGACAAGGUGUAUGUCCACUCAAGUUUCUACAGGAGGUGUGACAGCGGCACUCCUUGGACAAGGUGCAGUUUGAGGGGCCGACGUUCUACCCUCCGAAACAACCCUCCACGUCUCAGUUCAACUCCUCCACCCUGGUGACGCUGCAGUGUCAACUGAGCAAGGAAGAUGGCUACAUGACAAGAGGAUUCCUCACCAGGAGAAAGCUGGCCUCGUACCCACAAGCCAGGCGUGACCAGUACAAGACUGCUCCGGACCUGGUCCGAUCCAGCAUGUCUUGUGACGGGACACUGUACGGGUCCGAACACGAGGGGAAAGAAAAUAUCUUGGUAAGGGAUAAAGUGAACCAAGCUGACAAAACACCAGAUGUUCUGAGGUUUGGGAACAACACUGUAAAUGCCGAUAAUCAGAAAAUACUGAGGCGUAAAAGUCUGGCUAGAAAUUUGAUCCCUAUAUCAUCCUCGACAAGACCCUUGGGCUUACCGUCUUCGUGCUCCCCAUCGCACUAUCAAAGGAAACUAUCCCGAUUCCGCUACCGAAACAUAAAAAAUAUCACUUCUCUCUCCCGACCUCUAUUGAUUGGUUGAAUCGAUCCGCGACACUCGAUGUGUACUUUGAUAUUUUAACAAGAUUGUGAUCUAAGACAGGUUGAUAAUGUUGCCUUUAACGAAUAAGUUGUUUACACGUUACUGGAUGCUACAUUAAAAUAUAUAGCUCAGUUUUAUUUUUUAUACGACUAUUAAUUUAAUCAAAAUAUACCUAUUGCAGUUCGAUACCUUGAGGAAUUUACUAAAAUAGACUAUUUUACUUCAGAGAAAAUAACUUUAGCCACUUCCAUGAAGUGAUUCAUCGACGCAGUACAUUUUAUAUAUGAAUAUUCCUGCUAAUAUUUUAAAUAUCAAUUUGUUUUUAAUAACAGAAAAGUUAGCAUUUAUUUACUAUAGUUUUAUUGAUUACCUGUAUAGGAUUUAAGUACUUAGAUACAGUUAAAAUGGCUAUCUUUAAACUUUUGAACACAUAAGCGUUUGAUUCCAACUAACUGGUUGCUUUGUAUAAUUCAAUAAUCACAAUGUUCAAACAGGAAUUGAAUACUUUAUGUUUUACACCUACUGCAUUCCAAUAGAACAGCAGGUAAAUUGUACAUUUGAAUUUUUAGGGUAACUUUAAGACAAUUUUGGAUUAAUUAAUAGCUUAUUCAAACGAAAUAGAGAUUUAUACUACUUCAGAGCUCAAUCUUCUCAAUAAGUGGUUACGGUAUAUGAUCAUAAUUAUCUAACUGACUUUGCCUAUCUCUUAUUAAAUACUUAUAAAUAAAAGUAUUAGGUAUCAUACUAUUUUUGAAAGAGUGAUUUUUUAUUACGUCAAGUUAGACUUGAAAUUUACAAUAAUUUUUUGGGUCAUAAUUACAAAUUAUUGUCAUAAUAAAACAUCAAAUCUCAAUAAAACGGAAUUUUGUUUUCUUAUUCAGUAAUCUUACUUUGUGCUGCUAACUUAUAACUUAAUACUGAAGUAGACACUUAAAUAAAAUAAAAAUAAAUAAAUUUUGUACUCAAAUAUAACAGUGGAAUGAGCCUGUCAAAUUGCUUCUGCUAACUGCUGUAUAAGAAAUAAACAGUAAUUCAUAGCUGAACACAUUGUCAUGUGUCAAUGGUUAAGCUCUUUGCUUUCCAACCAAGCUACAACUCAAAUAGGUAACUGUAACGUUUACUUCACAAUAUUUGAAAGCUUGAAAUUAUAAAAAAUCCACAACAACUGCAUGUUUUAAAAUGUAUCACAAAAUUCAAAAUUUAUAACAGAAUGUAUGAAAAGAUUCUCAAUUGACAAUCAGUUUCCAAAAUAAAAUACAAAGUUUGAAUUGCACUCCAACCAAAUUUCAGAUAAGUUAUAAAAUCGCCAAACCAUAUUCAAAAAUGGUACAGAUCUUAAAUCGGAGAAACUUGAAAGCACGCAAUGAUGACAACUUAAUGUUAAGAUUGAUUUUUCUCUGUUGUGCAAUACUUGUUGCGUGUCUACAAGAUUAUCACUGACUGUCAUCUAGUCAAGACCCUUUAGAGUAGAAGAAGACCACACGGUGACAUAGUCUCAGACCAAUUUUAAAUAUUCAUUUGCCAUAAAUAUAUUUGAUUAAAAUCAUCGAAAUAUUAGUUUGAAGUAUAUAACCUAGUAAAGAGAACAGUUUUAAUGUUAUUGAACUUUUGUUCAUCUCUUCAGCACUGUAUAAUAUAACACCACUAUUUACAAUCAUUUUACAGGUGAUUAUGUUCAGAUGUAUCAUUAGGAUUUGAAAGUGUUUUAUAAUGAAAAUAUGUAAGAGCAGAAUAAAAUUUAGUUAGAACCGACUACUCGAUACUUUCAUAAGAGUUUUCAAAGAUUGAAACUGCUUAGUGAUUUGAGGUCAGUAUCAUUGAUAAUACCUUAUCAGAGAACAAAACGUCAAUUUUAAAAGGCCAAUUCUUUAUGCUACCAAAGUGUGUUUGGUAAUUUACAGACAUUAUAAAACUAUUUACAAUUUUUUUAUCUAAUGAGAAAGAAAUAAGUGAAAUUUAUUUUAUACUAUAAUUAUGUUCAUGUUUACAAAAACCAAUAAGUAAGAUAGAGAGGAAACAUUCAAUGGUACACUUAAGUGGUGUCUAGAGCAAUUCAGUUUAGUAACUUUACUUCAAGAGUAAUGCCGCUUUUCCGCUCGAAACUUUUGACUUUAAAACUCGAAUAACAACUUAUUUGGAUGCAAAUCAAAAUCAUAAAUUAGACUUGAAUUCCAAACAGUAACUGUUCAUCUUAACAAAACAUUUUCAUUUGAACUGAGACUCUAUGCUUAAGAACAUACAUUAGUUGUAUUGUCCAUACGUAUGUACUUUAUAUUAUAAUGUUCCUUAUUUUGUAAGUUAUUGUAGAGGUUAUUAGAUCAUUUAUCAUCAGAGAUUUGCACAGGUUUACUGAUUACUCUGUAUAAACAGAGACAUUUGAAGAUGUAAUUGUACUGCACUUUCUCUAUGUUUUAUUGUUACAUAAAGUAUCUAUAUUGCUAGAGAUAUGGUAGUUACUUCACAAGAUAAGAAUAUCUUUGUUCCAAAGUGUGUUUGGUAAUUUACAUUUUACAGACAUUAAUUUUGUUUACAGUCGGUAUCAGAAAGAUGGCAGAUCUGUAUAAAACUAUUUUAAUUUUUUAUCCAAUGAGAAAGAAAUAAGUGAAAUUUAUUUUAUACUAUAAUAUGUUCAUGUUUACAAAAACCACAGAGAAGUAAGAUACAGAGGAAACAUUCAAUGGUACAUUUAAGUAUGUCUAGUACCAUAUGUGUUGGUUUCUAGAGCAAAUUAUAUUCAUCCUCUUCUGCUCUCCUUUCACCCCUUCCCCAUCACAAACUUGCUACAGCUAUCACACGGUAGGAAGACCCUGUGCGCUUCAACAGCUGUACAAAUAUACUAUGAGGCCAUCACCGUUCGGGCUCUUCCUAGCUCAGUACUGGUACAUUUCUCCCCAACCAUACCAGAGCUAAAAGCGCACAGUUGUCCCAUAAGCUUGUAUCCUCUGAAUUUUACUUCCCUGUGCAAAAACUAAAAAAUUGGUAGCAUUGCCAAAAGAGGGGUUUGGGUUACUACAAAUUACAAAAUAUCAUAACCAUAAAAUAAAGUGUUUCCUUAUUUUAAUUACACAGUUUUAAUACAGUAAACACUUGAAAGUCUGAAUGAGAUUAAAUAAAUCUAAUACUGUAGUGAAAAAAUAUUGUUGGCGAGGCCAAAAUCCACUUGGACAUUAUGGCCACAGGAGUAAGAGUAAGAAAUAGUAUAGAAAAUCUGUAGUAUCACACGCUACUUCAUGUACAGAAAAAAUGUGAAUAGUGUACUGAACCAAAAACAAUAGUAGUAAAUUUAUCAACAUUUCAUAAUAAAUAUUGCCGCAUUCCUAUCUUAGCUGUAUAAAAUAUUUAAAACCACAAUCAAAUGGCUAACCCUACUAAGGAAAAUUUGUAGUAACAGGGUGGGGAAUUAAUAAGGGUUUACUGUAGUUGGUAAACUUGUUUGUAAACAACUUUACUACAUUUUCAAUGCUCUUUUUACACAUCAUCCUAAACUUUCUGAGGUAAACCUCCCUAAGCGUAAUUCAUACCCCCAACGGUAUGCCUCUAAAUUCUAUGUGUACUGUAAUCCCCUUUUAACACAGUAUUGGCUAUGCUUCUGAUACAUGGAGUAACAAUAAUUACCAAAGAACGUUUAAACAAAAUUUGACAGUAAAUACUACUUCUCAGCAAUAUAGAAGCUAGUGACAUGAAGGACCCAGAGGUUAUAAAACCUCAGCUUCUUCUGUCACUAGCAUCUCACUACAUGGGAUCAACAGUGUAAUUGUUUAAGAAUGAGCUUUAAUGUCCCUUUUGUGAGGCAAUGAAAUGCAAAUGGUGCACUCAUGUAUUCCAAUAGUUAAACUUACUAGACUAUUGUAAUGUAAAUUAUUUAAAUUGAUCUAUGAAAUUGUUACUAUUAUUUGAAGUAUCAAAUUAUAAUUACUGUUAGCAAAUG